CCCAGCGUCUGCAGACUACGCGCCCUAGUGCGAGGCGCUCCUACAGGUGAGCGCCUAGACCGCACGGGCGAGUCCCGCAGGGCAGGGCGGCGCGGUGCCCGGGUUCUCGCACUUGGAGGACCGAUGUGCCCGGGUGUCGGGGCGCGUGGACCUGGGCUCGGGUGAAGCUCUGGGAAAGGGCAACACGGCGGCGACGAGAUGCAAGCGGAGGAGCCCUGCGCCCCUGGCGCCCCUGGUGCCCCGAGAAGCCAGCGCGCACCCAGUCCCGAGCCGCGCCUGUCCAGCCAGCUGCUGCCCGAACUCUACACCUUCGUGGCGCGAGUGCUGUUCUACCUGGCUCCCGUCUACCUGGCCGGCUACCUGGGGUUCAGCAUAACCUGGCUGCUGCUCGGCGCUCUGCUGUGGAUGUGGUGGCGCAGGAACCGCCGCGGGAAGCUUGGGCGCCUGGCGGCCGCCUUCGAAUUCCUAGACAACGAACGCCAGUUCAUUAGCCGCGAGCUGCGGGACCAGCACCUGCCGGCCUGGAUCCACUUCCCGGAUGUGGAGCGGGUCGAGUGGGCCAACAAGAUCAUCUCUCAGACCUGGCCCUACCUGAGCAUGAUCAUGGAAAACAAGUUCCGGGAGAAACUCGAGCCCAAGAUCCGGGAGAAGAGCAUCCACCUGAGGACCUUCACCUUCACCAAGCUCUACUUUGGACAAAAGUGCCCCCGCGUCAACGGGGUCAAGGCGCACACUAACCAGCGCAACCGAAGACGGGUGGUCCUGGACCUGCAGAUAUGCUACAUUGGGGACUGUGAGAUCAGUGUGGAGCUGCAGAAGAUACAGGCUGGUGUGAGCGGGAUUCAGUUGCAGGGCACGCUGCGGGUCAUCCUGGAGCCCCUCCUGGUGGACAAGCCCUUCGUGGGAGCCGUGACUGUGUUCUUCCUCCAAAAGCCGCAUCUGCAGAUCAACUGGACAGGCCUGACCAACCUGUUGGAUGCGCCAGGAAUCAAUGAGGUGUCAGACAGCCUGCUGGAGGACCUCAUUGCCGCCCACCUGGUGCUGCCCAACCGUGUGACUGUGCCUGUGAAGAGGGGGCUGGAUGUGACCAACCUGCUCUUCCCUCUGCCCUGUGGAGUGCUCAGGGUCCACUUGCUGGAGGCGGAGCAGCUGGCUCAGAAGGACAGCUUCCUAGGGGUCCGAGGCAAGUCAGACCCCUACGCCAAGGUGAGCAUUGGCCUACAGCAUUUCCGGAGUAGGACCAUCUACAAGAACCUGAACCCCACCUGGAAUGAGGUAUUUGAGUUUAUAGUGUAUGAAGUCCCUGGGCAGGACCUGGAGGUGGACCUGUAUGACGAGGAUCCCGACAGGGACGACUUCCUGGGCAGCCUGCAGAUCUGCCUCGGAGAUGUCAUGGCGAACAGAGUGGUGGAUGAGUGGUUUGCCCUGCACGACACAACCAGCGGGCGGCUGCACCUGCGGCUGGAGUGGCUUUCACUGACUGCCGACCCAGAAGCUCUGGUUGAGGACCAAGGUGGCCUUUCGACUGCCAUGCUCGUGGUCUUCUUGGAGAGUGCCUGCAACCUGCCGAGAAACCCUUUUGACUACCUGAAUGGUGAAUAUCGAGCCAAAAAACUCUCCAGGUUCACCAAAAAUAAAGUCAGCAGAGACCCUUCUUCCUAUGUCAAGCUAUCUGUAGGCAAGAAGACACAGACUAGCAAGACCUGUCCCCACAGCAAGGACCCAGUGUGGAGCCAGGCAUUCUCCUUCUUUGUGUCCAGCGUGGCAGCUGAGGAGCUGCAUCUGAAGGUGCUAGAUGAUGACCAGGAGUGUGCUCUGGGAGUGCUGGAGUUCCCCCUGUGCCAGAUUCUACCCCACACAGACCUCACCCUUGAGCAGCGCUUUCAGCUGGACCGCUCAGGCCUGGACAGCCUCAUCUCCAUGAGGCUGGUGCUUCGGUUCCUGCAUGUGGAAGAACGAGAGAUGGGGAGCCCAUACACAGGACCUGAAGCCCUAAAGAAAGGUCCUCUGUUCAUUAAGAAGGUGGACACCAACCAGGAUCCCAAAGCCCCAUCCCAGGGAGAGUGCCCUGCAGAUCUGCCACGCCCUCCAGAUUCUGCUUCUGAUACCAAAGAAACCUCCAAGAGCACUAUCACAGCCCCCAGUACCACUAUUGCUGCCACCGAGCCUGUGUCCCAAGAGAUAGGCCCAGAGCCCGAAGGCAAGGACAGUGCCAAAGGGCUCUCUGAGCCCUUGGGGAAGAAGAAGAGUUUGGCCACCACCUUCCUGACUGUCCCAGGCCCCCACUCUCCAGGGCCCAUCAAGUCACCCAGACCCAUGAAAUGCCCUGCCUCCCCACUCGCAUGGCCGCCCAAGAGGCUGGCUCCCAGCAUGUACUCGCUCAACUCCCUGGCCUCCUCCUGCUCUGACCUGACAGAUACCGGCCUCAACAUUGAAGGCGGGGAGCUCAGACAGCGGAGGCUGGGUGAGGUUCAGCUCACUGUGCGUUACGUGUGUCUGCGGCGCUGCCUCAGCGUGCUCAUCAAUGGCUGCAGAAACCUGACACCCUGUACCAGCAGUGGAGCUGAUCCCUAUGUCCGUGUCUACUUGUUACCGGAGAGGAGGUGGGCAAGUCGUAAGAAGACCUCAGUAAAACGGAAGACCCUGGAACCCCUGUUUGAUGAGACAUUUGAAUUUUUUGUUCCCAUGGAAGAAGUAAAGAAGAGGUCACUAGAUGUCGCAGUGAAAAACAGUAGGCCACUUGGCUCACACAGAAGGAAGGAGCUAGGAAAAGUACUGAUUGACUUAUCAAAAGAGGAUCUGAUUAAGGGCUUCUCACGAUGGUAUGAGCUGACUCCAGAUGGACAGCCCAGAAGUUGAUGAGCACCCUUACCACCUUUACAGUAAAAUGUGUACAUAUGUAUAUUUUGUAAUUUAAAUCAGAACAGCCAUUUGAAAAUACAUACAUACAUUUUUGUGUGAAAUUUAAGUACAUGACUGGAUAAUAUUAGGGAGAGGUAAACGUAUAUAUAAAAGCAAGUACUGUCCUCUCUCAGUUGGAUUUAGUUCUCCAAAUCCAGAAAGAAAUGGGGGUAUUCAUACCUAAUAAAUUAUCAGAACCUCAGUGGUGAUUUUUUUAUGUAGGUAAUUACAUACCAUAUAACUUGGGAUUUCCCCAAAUGUAUGUGUCAAAAGUGUCCUGUCUCAGACCUAAGGGGUGAAGGAGGUCUGUUCCUGGAGCAGCUACCAGUAUUCCUGGGAAGUGACUGACCAAGGGAAGAGGCUUCUUUUAUGGGAAUAAAAAAUGACCCACACCAAAAGGGCCAAAAGCCAACACUACCUAAGCCCUUCUGGUCCUUCUGCCACCUCUGGUACUUCGCUGCCUGGAAAUUUGUUCCUGUAUCUACUGUAGAACUAAAAUGUACUUUUCUGAUGGCAACAAUGUUAUAGUGAUAUACCUAAAUACCCUGAGUUAAAUACUCCAAUGUGGGAUGGCCUGGCCCCAAACUCCAGCACAUGGCAUCAUUUCCAUAGAAAAAAGCAAACCAAACCCCAAGCCCAGGUCUACAUCUCCACUCCCAAAGCAGAGCACUAGAGAAUGCUGCAGUGUUAGUGCCAGAGGAAAAAGGAGCUUCUUGUCUGUCUCUCAGAUAGUUUGGCAAUUCUAUUCCACUUUUCUAAGACAUGGCUGGUUCACCUAAAUAGCAUUUAAAAGCAAAAUAUGUAAAUUGCACAAACAAGUGCCUCUUUUGCAUUUCAAACUUUGUAGCACCAAAUAUUCUUAUCCUCUCUGAUGUUAUCCUAGAGCUACCCUUGAGUUUGCAUCCUUUUCUCUUCACUCGGGCAACAGCCCCUGCCAUCAGUUUCCUGUCCCCACCCUCCCCCAGUGCCUUCACUGCUGCUUUUCCGAAGAAUGGUAACUAAUCUUAAAGUUUCUGUUAUGUUACUCUCACUUAUAAAUUAUCUAUGAUUUCCUGUUUUCUAGACGAAUAAAACCCAAUCCUUAAUUUGUCCUUUAGACCUAACAGUCUAGCCCCCAGUGUUUUACUACUUUAUGUGCAGGUGCUCUAUUCCAGAAUAGUCUAUAUAUCAUAUCCUGCCUACUCAAAUCCUAUCCUCUUCAAAAGCCUUGUCUCAAAACCCACCUCUAUUAUGCCAGUCCACACUGAAAUGGCCUCUCCCCCACCUCCUACAGCAUUUACUGUCAAUGCUGUGGAUUUUUUUAGUAAUUCCCUGCCUUGUAAUAUUUAAUUUUUAAAAAAGGCUUAUUAGAUAUCUAUGAAGGUCACAUACUAAGCAACUAUGCAUAUUGUGUUUGAAAUUUCAUGUUUGUUUACUGUCCAUCCAGUUGAAGUUACUGUAAUUGAUUUUCAAUCCCCAUCAUCCAAGACUAUGCUAAGUACAUGGUAGAUGUGUAAUAAAAUUUGU